AUGAGGGAAAAUGAGUGCAGAGGUAUUACAGCAAAACUGCAGUUGGUUUGGAUGUCGCAUCUUGUUGGCCUGCCCACUCCAAGCUGGGAGUCGAGCCAUGGGAACUUGGCGAAGGCAUUGGUCUCGUGGUUCCUAGACAGAGGGCACCGCGUGAGGCUGGCUUCACAGAGCAGCGAACACCUCUGGCUCUCGACAGUGGAGGGACCACAGGCUUCUGCACUUCCAAUCCGAUGA